AUGCGCGGAAGAUGGCGGGAGGCCAGCAGACGCUCACACGAACAUAACAGGAGCACCGAAAACGAACUUCUAUCCCGAGUCAGCCGGAUUGAACAUCAGCUUAGCCUGAUCUUGCGCCCAGAAGCUCACACUCAGAACCACCUUGGAGAUACUCUUACAACCCCCACUCGGCCGCGCGGCCGGCAGCCGCUAGAUGAUAAUACGGCUGCUAAUUCCCUUACACGAAGUCAGGGCAGCUCUUUUUCGCCGCGCGUGCCCACAUUCUCCGGAGAAACAUCCCUAACACACAAUAUUACCAUGAUCGAAGGUCGGUUAGAACAGAUGGGAGUAAUAUAUGAGAGAUUGCGAUCUACUUCUCCAGGGCACUCCUUUGGGUCCCAUUUGACACCGUCCCCGGAGGCCUUACCUGAUAAUACAUUAGAAUGGGGGCAGACAAGCUACAUCCGCAAGGUACUAGACUCCCACAGGGUUGUGCCCAAUGAAGAGCUGUGGAGGGGCUUCAUGCGCACAUUUUGCGAAGAAGUUCAUAUACUCGUCCCGUUCCUACAUAUUCCUACAUUAUGGACUCUCUAUGAAGAGACAUGGGAGAAGUUCUUUAAUUUCUCCAGACACGAUCAUCUAAACAGUGAGAAUCGGAUCCAGGUCGCUCAUAUACUCCUGUGCCUUGCCAAUGGAAAAUGUGUCGGGUCUUCGCGACUGCAUUCGGGAGAGGAGCAAUACUCGGCUGGAUGGAGCUUAUAUAAUGCGGGGAAAGAUAUAUUUGGCGACCUUCUCGACAGUUUUCACGAUGGUGAUAACCAGAUCAUUGUUUUGCAGACCAUAACCUUGAUGGUUGUAUAUCUCUUUCGUCUCGAUGCACAUGGCCCAGCUGAAAAGGUCUUGGCUCUCACCAUUUCGCAUGCGCACCAUAUUGGGCUCCAUAGGCGCAAAGUGGUCGAUGGCAUGGGAACCUUUACGAGCGAGAUGUGCCGCCGCCUGUGGUGGUGUGUGUACCUUUUGGAUCGUCGGCUGGCCCUUGAAACAGGGCGUCCCUUUUUAAUUCAGGACGUGAACGUUGACGUCGGAUUACCUCAAGAUGUGAGUGACGAGUGGCUUCGAACAUGUCACGACUUGCAGUUUCCGGUGUCCAAUGCAGCGUCAUGCGAGAAUAUUUGCUCGCCAGUGGCGUACCUGAUCGCCAUGACUGCCUAUUCGAAGGUCAUUGGGAAAAUCUGGGAAGCCUUAUAUGGCGCUCCCACUAACGAGUCCACACCCAGCUAUUUUCUCAAUGAAUACCUGAUGCAUCUAAUCACUCAGUCUCAAAGAGAGAUCUGA